AUGAUAUUUGGGAUGUUAACAUUAUUCCUUUGUCUGUUCUUUGUAUCCCCAGUGUCAUCACAUGACUUUGAAUCCUUUUCUUUUGAUGAAUAUGAAUUAUACGACGAUUUAAUGAGUUUUACUGAUGCGAACACUGAUGAUGAAGCACUCGAUUCUUUCAUUGGGUUAUUUGAAUCAGAUAAUGAUCCCGACUUUAUUCUGAAUGACGAAGGCUUUUUUAGUUGGAUUGGUGAUAGAUUUAAUGAAGCAAAAGAUGCUGUAGUACGCACAGCAAAGAAAGCUGGUGAAGCCAUCAAGAAUGGAGUAAAAAAUGUGGUUGAAGCGGGUACCAAAUUUUUAGCUAAAAAUGGUGACCUUAUUGCUAAAGGAUUACAAACAGUUGGUAAAGUGGCUGGUGUAGUUUCUAAAGUAGCUGGUGUAGUUAGUAAAGUGUCCACAGUGAUAGCUCCAUUUACUGGACCGUUUGCUCCUGCGUUUGCGGCUGUUGGUGCCGCUGCUGGUACAGUUUCAGUUUGUUAUUAUUUGUUCAUAAGAAAAGGCUAUUUUUGUUUGGUAAAAAAUAAUAAAAAAAUACCUAAUAUGUGA